UAUGCAUGUCUACAAACUAAAAAACACAAACCAAAUCUCGACAGAAAACUAAACAAACCAACAAUGAAGCUUUACAUGUUAUGGCUCGUGUUGGUAUUAGCCGUCCAAGCAGAUGCAGCAAAGCAAAGAAAGAAGGCUAAAAUCCCUGCAUUAAUAGUUUUCGGAGAUUCAAUAAUGGAUACUGGUAACAACAACAAUCUCUCAACUUUUCUUAAGUCCAACUUCCCUCCUUAUGGCAAAGACUUCCCCGGCGGAUUGGCUACUGGAAGAUUUUCUGAUGGAAAAGUUCCUUCUGAUCUUAUUGCGGAAAAAUUGGGGUUGACUAAGACAUUACCAGCAUACCUAAGUCCAAAUUUGAAGCCUAGAAAUCUUUUGAAAGGUAUAACAUUUGCGUCUGGAGGAACCGGUUAUGAUCCAUUGACAGCCGAAACUAUGUCGGUGAUAUCAGUGGGGGAUCAACUAAUAUAUUUCAAAGAGUAUAUAUCAACGAUCAAACGACGUUAUGGAAAAAGAAAAGCUCGACAUAUCUUGAACCGCGGCAUUUUUCUCGUGGUUUCUAGUAGCAAUGACCUUGCUCACACUUAUAUAGCCCAAUCUCAUAAAUAUAACCCUGCAUCGUAUGCUUCUUUCUUGGCUAAAUCAGCAGUUAAAUUCGUAAGAGAAUUACACAAGCUUGGAGCUCGAAAAAUUGGGGUGUUUAGUGCACUUCCUGUUGGAUGUGUACCACUUCAAAGAUCAGUGCGUGGAAGUGUAUUAACAAGAGAAUGUGUUAAACCCUUAAACAAUAUGGCAAAAAAAUUCAACGCCAGACUUUCUCCAGCACUGAAAUCUUUAGAUAGAGAGUUGGAUGGUAUUAUCUUCUACGUUGAUGUUUAUGAGACCUUUUUGGACAUGAUCCAAAAUCCUAAAAAAUACGGUUUCGAGGUAGCUGAUAGAGCUUGUUGCGGUACUGGUUUUCUCGAAAUUUCUUAUAUGUGCAACUCAUAUAAUCCAUUCACAUGCUCUAAUUCGUCGGCAUACAUAUUUUGGGAUAGCUACCAUCCAACUGAAAGAGCUUAUCAAGUUAUGGUUGAUAAGUUAUUCGACAAAUACUUUAGCAAAGUCUUUUGAUGUUAAACAUUAAUUACAUCCUUGUGUUUCAUUGUAUUUAUCCUUCUUAUUGUUUCAUGUCUGUGAUUAAUUCAUUGCAGAAUGUUCAAUGCCUUGUGCACUGAAAUAAUUUGAAUGAAAUCUUAAUGUUCUAUGUUUUCAACCAACAGUAAUCUUAAUGUUUUGAAAACGUGAUUCUACCCAAUACAUUAUUGGAACUCAGUUUUAAUACAUAUGUUAAAAUUGAAGUUUGCUAAAUGAAAAAUGUUUAUCCUAAGAUUAUUUCUUUAAUAUCUCAAAAUAGACAUUUUAGAGAAGUAUAACAAGGUUAAGUACCUUGGACAAUUGUAGAUGAAUGCAGGUUAACAGCUUAAUCGAUAGAGGUCAAUUAUGGAGACUGGCUACAUCUUCUGUUCUUCAUGCAAAUCCUAUGCAUCUCAUGGUCAGUUUCUCAUCAACCAUUCAUCCUUGCAAUGACCCUAGUCAAUGCUGCUUACUUCUUUCUGUGUGGCUAAACUGUUUCCCCCUUUGUGUUUCGAUAAAUUGCUAUUCUUUGAACUCCAUUGGACUAACUGCUGAGAGUUUAGGUAGCCCAACGAGAUUCCUUGCCGUUUACUUCACUUCUGCAAUCGCAAGUAAUUAAUGUUUCAUAGACUUUCUUUGAUGUGGGUGAUUAUAGUUGACUAACAGAAACCAUCAUAAGAGUUCUAGGUUCAGCAAUGAGUUACUGGCUCAACAAAGCGCCAUCAGUUGGUGCUUCCGGUGCAAUUUUCGGAUUGAUAAGUCCCUUGGGGAACCAUAAGCCUUUGUUCUCAUACAAAUUGAAGUUUGUUAAUGAUACCUCUUUUUCUUUUUGUAGGUUGGCUCGGUAGCUGUAUUUGUCAUGAGACACAAACAAAUGGUCAGAGGUGGCAAUGAAAAUCUGAUGCAGAUAGCUCAAGUUAUAUUGCCCUAAACAUGACAUUGGGUCUAGUAUCCAGAGGCAUAGAUAACUAGGGACAUAUUAGUGGCUUGCUUGGUGGAACCGCAAUGGCAUGGCUUGUAGGACGACAUUGGAAGUUUGAGUAUACAACAAGAGAUGGUCGGAGAGUCUUCGUGGACAGCGUUCCAGCUCCUCUGCUUUUGCGUUGGUGAAACGAACGCGCCGACGGCUUUGAUAGGAGACCAACGAAGCUGAACAGUUUUCUCUCUCAGUGCCGUGUGAAUAUUAGAGAGAUUGAAUGUGUAUUAUGGAGGAUUUUGACCUUGGUUAGAAGUCGCCAGCUUAUUUUAUUGUAAACAAAUGCAUUUUUACAUUGCUAAACUAUGAAUGUGUUUAAUUGUCAAGUUUACCCCAUUUCGAAUACAAUUUGAAGCAAAGAAGGAGAACGCAACAAAGAGAACAAUACUAGUGCAAGGGUUAAGAACACACGUGUAGCAAGUAAUGUUAGUCCUAGUCCUAGAGGAAGUGUAAGAAGAAGGCUUUACCCUUGGAUAAAAUUGAGCCAAGUUUGGCAAAUCAUUUGCCGCAAUGGUAUUGAUUAGGGUUUUGGGCAUCUAAUCUACUUUUCAAUAUCAUCAUCUUCCUUGUGCAUCCAAUCUACUCAGAAAGAAGUGUCAGUAUAGGAGUAGUGUGUAGUGUACUUACGGUUAAGUUUUCAUUUUCCUUAUUUAAUGUCAAUAUAUAUCAAAGACAUUGUAUCUAAUGUCCUCAUUUACUUUGACUUAUUUGGCACCGAUUUCAUUUUAUUUUGUUUUAUUGGAUCAGAAACUUAUUGGAUCAUAAUUUAUCUACCAACAGUUUAUGAAUCUAUUAAAAUCCACUAACCAAUAACCUCACUUAGAUUUGCCACCACAAAAUACAAAUUUACUAUAAGACAUAUAGGUUACUGCGUCAGAAUUAUAUUGAGCCAUAUAUUAUUACGCCUUUGCCAAUAUCUUAGCAUGUAGAUCAAGUUUAGGAGCUAACUCUUCCUCCAUAGGGCUGUUCGUUUGGUUGCCGCAGGUACCGGCGGCAGCGGCAGCGUCAACAUUCUGCGUCAACUCUUGUUCGUUUCGUUGACGCAGCAAGCUGUGUCUGACGCCGCGUCCGAACACCGCGUCCUACGGCUGACGCCGAUAAAACCUGUGGUCGCGAUAUAGUAUGCGGUAGCGUCAGCGGCAGCGUCAGCGUCUGCGAAACGAACAACAACUGUAUUCAUUGACGCUGCCGCCGCCGCUGACGCUGACGCUGCCGCCGCCGCCGCCGCUGACGCUGCCGCCGCCGCUGACGCUGAUGCUGCCGCCGCCGCCGCCGCUGACGCUGCCGCUGACGCCGAAACCUGCGGUAACCAAACGAACAGGGUUAAGAGCCUUGUUCGUUUCUUAACCGCCAGAUGCAGCUGGAGCGGCAAGAAAAAGCACGGGGACGGUGGUCAAAAUAAUAGAAUCUGAAGCUAAAAUAACAGUACACAUCUUUUCUCUUGUUUCGCUUCAACAAACUUACAGUAACUUCGAUUUUGUUAAUACGAUAGAAAAUUCAUCUAAAAAGAAUCAUAUUGCUUGGAAUUUAUUUUAUGCAAUCAACAAAUUUUAGUAACUCAAACUACAUCUCGUGCACGUAAAACAUAUACAUUAAUUAUAAUACCCAUAUCAUAUGUGACUUAGAGAAGCUUAUAACAUCUAUCUUUUUUUUUUGAAUAUACAAGCUUAUAACAUCUAUCCACAUCAAAUAAACCUUGAGACGCGAAGUCAAAACUUUAAUUGUGAAAAACACAUUCCAAUGACAAUACAUCAUACCAAGAUGAAUCAAUAUCUACCAAUAUAAAGACCCACACCUUAUGCUUCUUUGCCACACACAGCUCUGGAAACACAAAUCAAGAAAUGUCAAGACGAUUGAAAGCUUAUCUCACCUCCAUACUUCUCAUCAUGGCAGUCUCUCCCCUUUCACACGGUCUUUCACUUGGUGGCCUCAGCUUUGGCCAAGUCGAAAUUAACGGUAUCGCACGGUGUAGCCUUAAUGGAGACCCUAACGCCCCUCCUAUCUCAAAUGGCACUGUUAUCUUAACAUGUGGUGGCUUAACCGCCAACCUCGCUGAAACAUUAAGUCAACCGAAUGGUUUUUUUCUCAUGUUUCUCAGCUUUUUACAAACACUUCUGUUUACCCCUAGUUCCUGCUAUAUCACAAUUAAUCUUCCGACGGGAAAUUGCUCUAUUUACUCACCGGAUGGCGUCCUCAGUGCUGUUCUUACACUUGCCAGCGUCGCGGUGGGUAAUAACACAAAUGUCGCUUAUUUUGUUGCCGGCCCAGUGCUCGAUAAUAUUUUCUGAUGCAAAGGGGGACUUUCAUGCGCAUGCUACAUAUAAUAAUGUUCUUAUGUUUUACGUUGAGGUGUUGCAUAUAGAAAUAAGUGGCUUAUACUCCACAAAAAAAUUAUAAAUAGCACAUCUCUUUAUUGCCUUUUUAAAUGAGUGAAUAUCAAAUAUAUAUACUUGGACACGGAUAUUUAGUAUGGGGGGUGUCCCUAAAAAUAAGGAGUGUCUUGCAUCAUGUAUGUUAUAGAUUUGUAUUUAUAAUUGAUGUAAAUAAAAGUUAUAUCGUUUAUAAAAAUGAUUCUGAAAA